AGAAAUUUGUUGCUCAUGCAUAGUUUUGCUUUGUUUUCGCAAACAGGUUUGCUGUUUAAGGAGGGUGUGUUACGCAUCAUUCUGUUGCUGUUUUUCCGCUCUGCUUCUUUUCCUUGUGUUGUCCUGCUGUUGGUGGAGCCCUUGUCACUCCCAAUUAAUGAUUGUCUGAGGUGACCAAUGAGGAGGCCAGUGGCCAACCAGAAAAGGCAGAGACUACUGGUUAUAAGCAGCACCUUGAAAAUCUUUCUUACUUUCGCUUUGUUUUUUUCCACUCUUUCUUAUACCCUUUACUUAGCCUUUCUGAUGUCAGCUUUAACUAGUUCUGCUAGCCCAAUUAGCCUUUGUUGGUUAACUUAGCUGUCUUAUACUAGCUCCCUUGGUUUGAGAACAGUUCCAAGAGGUGAAAAAAAUGAGCGGGGAUUAUUAUGCCUAUGAUGAUGAAAUGGAGAGUCCAUGUGAGCUGAGUAGUGAUACAGGUCACUCACUUAAGUACUUUCUCCAGGUCUACGUUCACUCCCUUAUCUGCAUUAUUGGUUUCGUUGGUAAUACCCUGGUGAUUCUUACAUAUGCUUUCUACAAGCGCACCAAGUCCAUGACGGAUGUUUACCUUCUGAACGUGGCCAUAGCCGAUGUCCUGUUUGUAGUGGCCCUGCCUCUUAUCAUCUAUAGUGAGCAGAGUGGCUGGGCUUUGGGUGAUUGGUCCUGCAAGCUGUUGCGUGGUGUCUACAGCAUCAACCUGUACAGUGGCAUGCUGCUGCUGGCUUGCAUCAGUUUGGACCGCUACUUGGCUAUUGUACAAGCACGACGCUCCUUCAGAUUCCGUUCGAGCAUGCUGGUCUACAGUUAUAUCAUCUGCGCAGUGGUCUGGCUUUCAGCCUUAGUCCUGACUUUGCCUACCUUCAUCUUCUACCAGCGAUACAAAGACAGUGAAAUAAUUAAUACAACAUUUUUUGUAUUUCCAGCCAUGGUUUCUAGCAGUCCGUAUUCUACUGAGGAACCACGUAAGCCACAAGAGGAUAAACAGAUAUGUUUCUUCCGCUUCAAUGACAAUAACACUGCAAAGCGUAUUAAGUUGCUAGUGCCAAGUUCCCAGGUUGCUGUGGGCUUUUGUGUACCAUUGUUGGUCAUGGGCAUCUGUUACUCCAGUGUGGUGUUCACACUCCUGCAAGCCAAGAACUUCGAAAGGCACAAGGCUCUGCGCGUGGUCCUGACGGUGGUGCUGGUCUUUAUCGCCUGUCAUCUGCCCUACAAUGCAGCACUGCUUUACGACAUCAUUUACAUGUUCUCCCUUACAGAUUGCAGCCAUUAUAAAAACACACAACUGCUGCUGAUCAUCACUGAAAGCCUGGCCUACCUGCACUGCUGCCUUAAUCCACUGCUCUAUGCCUUCAUUGGUGUCAAAUUCAGGAACCAUUUCCGCAAGGUGGUGGAGGAUCUCUGGUGCCUUGGGAAAAGCUACGUCGGGGCGCGGCGCACGUCACGAAUCACCUCCGAGGUGUACUUGUCCUCACGAAGGUCUGUAGACAGUUCCGGGAACGAAAAUGGCACGUCCUUUACCAUGUGAAACAUGGGCUGGGGAAUUUCUUUUUAUUUUAUUUUUUUUAAAAGAAAAAAAAAAACAUUUAGUCAUUGCAUACAAAUGAGUUUAGAAACAGUCAUGUCUAUUCAUGUUUACUUUUUGUAUUUGUACAUAAAGUGCUUUAAUAUAUAUAGCGGUCCGCUGUUACAUUAUUUCGUAAAUGAUGAAGGCUUUAAAAUCUUUCAUUAACGUUAUUAUUUAUCUCGAUGGUCAAUGGGAAGAAUUUGCAGAAGGUGGAUUGAGGAUCAACGUCAGAAACAUCUAGGUGACUGUAAAGGAUGAUGUAUCUGAGGUUUUUUGGGUGUGGUGCUGGUACGAGUGUAACAGCAGCAGGAGCUUUGCUGAGGUUCAUGAACACAACAGUGUGUAAGAGAUCUGCAGCUACUGUACUGAUCAAGCACCUACUGUACUUAGUUCCUCUGUUGUUUGGAGAGUUGAUGGACAUGGGUCUGGGAUAUGACAAUGUGAGAACAUGAAGGAAAUGUUAUUGAUAUAAAUAAAGAUACAUGUAUCACUCUGUUUGCA